AUGAUGCCUCGUUCUCUAGCGGACGUCGAAAAAUCACUGGGACAGGCGCUGGUGGAGUUUCCAGUCCGAUACCACAAUCGAUACGACGACAGGGCCAGGACCGAGCUUAUAGAGAUACUCUUCCGCUCGCUGUCGGGCUAUAACGAGGAUUAUCUACAGUUGCUGUUCCCUGACGGCCCUGGAAAUGGGUGCUGGAACUUAUCGAAAGCCCAGGGCUUGGAGGCUGGGGCGGAAUACUCUGAGGCAGCUCGGGGGAAGCGAUGUGGGCAUACUUUCAAGUCCGGAGACGCAGGCUAUCACUGUGUUACGUGCUCUAUAGACGAGACUUGCUGUCUAUGCAACCGCUGCUUCAAUGCCUCCGACCACACGGGACACAAAUACACCUUCUUCGUUUCGAGCGGGCAUUCUGGAUGCUGUGACUGCGGAGACGAAGAAGCUUUCCGGCUGCCGGUGCACUGUGCCAUCCAUACGGCGCUGGAACGGGACGAUGAUGACGAGGACAAGAAGAAGAAAGAUGUGGCCCCGGUCCCUGAAAUGCUGGUUGCAUGUAUUAGGAUGACUAUUGCCCGGGUCCUCGACUAUUUCUGUGAUGUGAUAUCUUGCUCCCCGGAACAGCUGCGGCUCACCAAGACGGAAGCGGGCAUCAGGCAGGAUGAGGUCGUAUCCAGGCUAUCUGGAGAUUGGUAUCAUGCAAGUGAUCCUGAGGAUAGCGAGCCUGAGUUUGCGCUUGUGCUAUGGAACGACGAAAAACACACCAUUAACGAAGUCACAAAUCAGGUAGCCCGUGCCUGUCGAGAGCGUGAAAGGUUCGGCCUCCAGAAAGCCAAUGAAUCGGAUGAGUUCGGCAGAAGUGUGGUGAAAUACUCGAAGAACCUCGCGGGCCUGCUUGAUGUCUCGAGGAUCAUAGAGCAGAUCAGAGUAACCGUCACCGUCCGAUCCGCGAGGGAUACCUUCCGGGAGCAGAUGUGUGCCACCAUAAUCGACUGGCUCUCCGAUAUUUCUGGCUGUAGCGUUGGAGGUGAUGGCUCGCUGCUGAGACUCAUGGUUUGCGAGCAGAUGCUUCAACCCUGGCACCCUGGAAGUACCGCCGCCAACGCUGGAAUUGGCAGCAAGGGAAUCGACGACCAGAGUUUAGAUGACGGACAUAUCUACCAGGCCGUCCAAAUUGCGCAAGCCGAAAUCUUAGCUGCAGAAAUGGUCGACUUUACUGACGCUGAAAUGGAAGAUACUGAGGAUAUGAGAAGGGCUGCUGAGGAUGACGACGAUGAGGAUAUGGAUGAUGCAGACGUGGAUCAGGUACAGCUCGAAAUGCACACCCAAAAUGUGCUAGAUGAUGCCCAAGGCCCGCCGGAAGAUACUGAUCUCGACAUGCAGACGACGCAAGUAGACACGGAGAUCGCAGAAUUUGGCCUUCCACCACAGCCUCCGCCGCCUCCGCCGCCGCCUGAAAAUCCUCCGCCCGGAGACGAUGAUCCCCUCAUCAUUCUCCCAGUUACAGACGAUCCGCAGUUUUCCAGGAAGCCUGUCCCCAUACCGAAAACACCAGGGGUAAACCCCAAGUCUAACCACACGUCUCUACCGCAUUGGCAAGAAAAGCCGCGUCUAUUUCACGAACAGAGGCAAUUGCCUCAUGAAAACCUUCAACAGAGAACGCGGUUAGACUGGUUGAUAUUAUACGACCUGCGCUUGUGGAAGAAGACUCGGACUGAUGUGCGAGAGUUGUACUUGGCUACAGUUGUCAACGUCCCGGAGUUCAAGAGGGUCCUUGGUUUACGAUUCUCCGCCCUAUACACCGCUCUGGCUCAGCUAUAUCUGAUUGCGGAUAGAGAACCUGACCAUUCGAUUAUCAAACUCUCCUUACAGCUGUUCACGACCCCAUCUAUCACAAAGGAGGUAGUUGACCGUGGGAACUUCCUCACUAGCAUAAUGGCCAUCCUUUAUACUUUCCUCACCACUAGGCAGGUUGGUGAGCCUCAUGAUGUCAGUCCAACGGCCACACUUGCGAUGGAUUCUGGGUCAAUUACCAAUCGAAGGCUAUAUCACUUCUUCCUUGAUCUACGAUACAUACUGGCCUCCGACCAUAUCCAGACCCAUUUAAGGACAGAGAGACAAUACCUUUUGCAGUUUAUGGAUCUCAUUAAGCUUACCCAGGGGAUUUGUCCAAAUGUUCGAGCCGUUGGGGAACACUUGGAAUAUGAGACAGAUGCAUGGAUAGGAGCUUCCAUUCUAAUGAGAGAGAUUACGCGGCUCUGCAGGAUAUUUUGCGAAGCGUUCCGCCCAAAUAAACUCGACGAAGGAGAUAAUCACCUCGCGGACGCGAUCACGCAGGCUGCCCUUGCAACGAUGGUCAACUCAAUGGGCAUGGAGCGAAAGCGCUUCGUUCAAGCUGAAAUUAAAGAGCCAGUUCGUUUCAAAACAGUGCCAUAUCUCGAGUUUGAGAUAGACGCACUGAACCAAUGUGGCCGCCAUACGGUGGUUGAUUUUGUUGUUGAACGAGGAUCACUGAGUUUCCAUCAUGCUUUACAUUAUACUCUUUCAUGGUUGUUAGAGUGCGCCAGAAGCAAGCCGAGAGACUGGGUGAGGGGUCUUCUUAUCCGGGCUGUAACUUUGAUGAAAGAAAAAUUUGCCCUGGCUCCGUCACCAGCACUAAAUGUCGACGACGUCAUUCUAGCGAUGUUUGACUUCCCUAUCAGGGUCUGCGCCUGGCUUGCCCAGAUGAAGGCUGGCAUGUGGGUUAGGAACGGUAUGAGUCUCAGACAUCAAAUGGGUCAAUACCGAGCAGUAAUCUCGCGAGAUGUGGCGUACUGUCGAGAUAUCUUCAUGAUACAGUCCGCCAUGGCGAUCUGUGAUCCGAGUCGUGUGCUUGCAACUUUAUGUGAUAGAUAUGCGAUAUUGGACUGGAUCAAAGGAAGCUACGUUGAUCGACCUGGUUACGACGAAGGGCAACAUGUGGAUGUUGCUGACGAAUUUAUGCAUCUUCUGAUCAUACUGAUAUCUGAACGAAUGUCCCUUUCUCCAGGCGACGACGAAACCACCAUUCAACACCACAUCAUCAGAAGAGAUAUUGCCCACACUUUGUGUUUCAAGCCGCUCCCGUAUACCGACCUUAGUGCUAGGAUACGGGAUGAAGUUGUUGAGGCGCGGGAUUUCCAACAGCUACUUGAAGAAGUCGCCACGUUCCGCCCUCCCGAUGGACUCAAUGAUACUGGAACUUUUGAAUUAAAACCCCAGUAUAUUGGCCUAAUAGACCCAUAUUCCACUCAGUACAGUAGGAAUCAACGAGAUGAGGCCGAGCACAUCUUCAAACAGUGGAAAGCAAAGUCAACUGGGAAAAGUAUUCAAGACGCUAUCUUUGAGCCCAAACUGGAGCCAAUUCCUACCGGACUCUUUUCUGGGUAUACCAGAUUUACUCGAACUCCCCUAUUUGCUCAAAUAAUCCACCAGUUCUUAGAGUAUUGUCUGAUGUUCAAAGUCUGCACCCCUUCGGUUCAAUUGACGAGGAUUGAGCCCUUUCUACAGACUAUUCUUCACCUAACGCUCCUUGCUGUUCUUGAGGACCCGAAAGCAGAUGACGAGGACUCCGAGUCAGGCGAGCAGACGUUCACAUUCCAUGCUCUUACUAAAACCAAGCCCACACAGCUUGGGGAUUUAACAAUCAUUGGGCUAUUCCAGAAAAUAUCAGAGGUUCCCGCCUUUGAAUCCUGUGGGCCUAAAAUCCGACACAUACUGAAGUGCCUUUGGGAGAAAGAUCCAAAGUUAUACUCUUCCACUACAAAUGAUCAUACAUUCCCAUUUGGCAAUAUUUACCAGUCAUCUUCUACCCCCGUUUCUGACAAUGAGGUGGAACAAAAGAAGAAACGGGCCCUCGAGAGGCAGGCUAAAAUCAUGGCGCAGUUCCAGCAACAGCAACAAGAUUUCUGGGUUAGCCAAGAAAACAUUGAUGGGGAUGAAGACGAACUAGACGAGACUGAAGAGCCAUCGCGCACCUCGGGGAAGGUAAUCCGGAAGUACCCAUCGGGAAACUGUAUACUGUGCCAGGAAGAUACCAACGACUCGAGAUUAUAUGGCACAUUCGCUCUCGUUACAGAGAGCUCUAUUUUUAGGGAAACCGAUUUGAAAGAUCCGGAUUUUGUCAAAGAAGUCCUGACGACACCCUCUACGUUGGAUAGAUCGGCUGAAUCAAUUCGUCCCUUUGGAAUCGCUGGUGAAAAUCGGGAGCAGGUUGAACAGUUAGAUUCUAAAGGAAAUCUGAUAAUUACGGAAAAGCAAGGUCUUGGGAAGGGCUUCCCAGCCGAGCAACACAAACAAGGUCCUGUUUCAACAGGUUGCGGGCACAUCAUGCAUUAUAAUUGCUUUGAAACCUACUACACGGCUACCAAGAGGCGACACAAUCAACAAGUAGCUCGAAAUCACCCCGAAAGCUUGAACUUGAACGAAUUCGUCUGCCCGCUUUGUAAAGCGCUUGGGAAUGCAUUUCUCCCCAUUUUAUGGAGGGGGCAGGAGGUGGUAUACCCUGGAGUGCUGUCCACUGAGAAUUCGUUCCAGAGCUUCAUGAACGAGAAGGUGGACCAGCUCCUCCAGAGGUUCACCAGCCAUGCUUUGGCCAAAGAAGAUGAAAAAUUCUUUAUCCCAGGCUACGGAGAGUUCUUUGUGGAGUACCUCUCGAAUAAUUUAAUGCCCUCCCUCUCUCGUAGCGCAGAUGACUACUUAGCCCCUCGAAUUAGGGAUCCUCAAGGGUUCGCAGAGGACUACCUUUCAACCCCUCGAGUUAGGGACCUGGUAGGAUUUGCAGACGGGCAAGUGUCGCCGGAAGGUAGACCCUUUCAGGCGCCGCCGGAGGACCCCUUGGGCGCCCAUAACACGGGAGCAACCCUUACUGCUUUGAUCGGUGCACCAAUCCUGGCGAAUCUCCCAGAUGCUACAAGCACACCAAGUGUCGCGUCUUUGUUGGAAGGAGGGGAGGCACCACCCACCGACACUCCGUCCCCAUUUUCUGAGUUUCUCGCAGUCUACGCAAGACUACGCGAUACCAUGCGGUUCAAUUCUAUACCAUCUCGGUUUGACUACCAGCCAUCACAUGUCCUAGAGGGGGAUUUAGUCCAUACUGACUCUUUAUUUAAAAUAUUUGCCUACUCUAUCACUUCGGUUGAAAUUGCCCAACGAGGCCAGGAAGCCGAAUCAGGGACAUAUCUGAUAAAUGGUAUAUCGGAGAUCUCGUUAACACACCUGCGAAUCCUAUGCGAUACUGCACUUGCGUAUGCUUCCCUAGGUGGCUUGGAAUUUCCUUCCGCGUUGAAGGUUGCACAUGAGUUCCGAGAUAGUCAUCGUCGGCAGUUACUUCAACUAUUCUUUGGCCAUCCCAGGCUCUCGGGGAUUUCGAAUCUUGCUCGUGAUUCAAUGGAUAUCGAACCUUUACUUUCUACAGACACGUUUGUGUUUUUAGCAGAGUCCUCGCUCUGUCUAGUUCCCGUGCUGCAGGUUGAUAUUAUGCACUUUGUCCGUCUUUGCUAUGCCGCAGAAAUUGUGAAGGUCAUUUUGGCAUACCUUCUCACUCCUCAGGGGUUGAAAGCAAAUAUGGAUCACGCUUCAGUUGAUGAUACUACUGACUACGAAUACUCUUCGGCUAAAGACUUCGUUAUGUGGGUCAUCUCGGCUUAUAGGUCGUGUGCAUCAUUUGUAGCAGACCCAGGACUGCAGAUAUUGUUGGAUGGUAUCGAUAGAAAUUUUAUUCCGAAAUACCGACUAAGAGGCUGCCAUGAAGUGGUUCCCAAGUAUAUCCUUCCCUUCCUUCGAAAAACAGCCAUCCUACUGAACGUGCGACAUGGCCUUGAGUUCCCAGAUGCUGGAUCAGACCUUGACUACAUCUCAGAGCUUGAUCGCCUCACUACGUUCCUACAACUGCCAACCAUACCGGAAAUGUUCGAAACGUUGUCCGCCGCAGAGGACGGUGAUCCGUUAUCUGCUAUCGUUUGUGGAUGGAUGGAGCAUUGGUGUAUCUCAAAGCACGAUGCCAAAUCCGCUGGUAACCCGAUGCCGCAGCUUUCUCUCAUGCAUCCGGCAAUUUUUGAGCUAGUAGGACUCCCUCAAUAUUUCGACACGUUGCUAGAUGAGGCGACUCAACGCACUUGCAUGACUACUGGAAAGGAGUUAACUGAUGCGACACUUUGUCUCUUCUGUGGCGAGAUAUUCUGCGCUCAAGCAAGCUGCUGCAUGGUGAAUACAAGAUUGGGUGGUUGUAACCGUCAUCUCGCGAAGUAA